ACUCCUCACCUAGGGCAUCCCGAAUUGCCAUGGGUUAGGGUGGGGGCCUCGAGCUGCGGGAAGGACCAGCCCUGUGCAUCCGCCGGGGGGCGCGGAGCCCGAACGCCGCUCGCCGCUCGCGGGCGCCGGGCAUGUGGAGCGCGGUGUAAGCCCGCACCCGGGGAGGACACAGGAGCUGCGGAGACGGGCUGAGGAGGAGGAAGAGAGCGGUGGAUUGGAAGGACCCAAGGGAGGGAGAGGACGGAGGGUGGGGAGGCGAGGGAAAAGUGAAGCUGGGAGGAGAAGGCAGCGGAAGGUGGAGAUUGAUGCUUCUGUUUUUUGUUGCCGCUGCUGCCCUCGCGCUGGGAGCCGAGCCGGAGGGAAGGCGGUGGAGAGAUGAUUGCAGAGUUGGUGAGCAGCGCGCUGGGGCUCGCCUUGUAUCUCAACACCCUAAGUGCGGAUUUCUGCUAUGAUGACAGCCGUGCUAUCAAGACGAAUCAGGAUCUUCUCCCAGAAACACCAUGGACGCACAUUUUCUACAAUGAUUUUUGGGGGACUCUUCUCACCCACAGUGGCAGCCACAAGUCCUACCGGCCGCUCUGCACACUUUCUUUUCGCCUGAACCAUGCCAUCGGAGGACUAAAUCCCUGGAGCUACCAUCUUGUCAACAUCCUGUUGCACGCAACGGUCACUGGUCUCUUCACGAGCUUCUCCAAGAUACUCCUUGGCGACGGCUAUUGGACCUUCAUGGCGGGCUUGAUGUUUGCCUCUCACCCCAUACACACGGAGGCAGUGGCUGGCAUCGUGGGCCGGGCCGACGUGGGGGCCAGCCUUUUCUUUCUGCUCUCCUUGCUCUGCUACAUUAAACACUGUUCCACAAGAGGCUACUCAGCCAGGACUUGGGGCUGGUUCCUGGGGACAGGACUGUGUGCCGGAUGCAGCAUGUUGUGGAAGGAACAAGGAGUGACUGUUCUCGCGGUCUCCGCAGUUUAUGAUGUCUUUGUCUUUCACAGGCUGAAAAUGAAACAGAUCUUACCUACCCUUUACAAAGGCAAGAACUUGUCCCUUUUCCUCAGCGUUAGUUUGUUAACUUUCUGGGGGACUUCCCUUUUGGGCGCCCGUUUAUACUGGAUGGGAAACAAACCACCGAGCUUUUCCAACUCUGACAACCCAGCCGCCGAUUCGGACAGCCUCCUGGCUCGCACACUCACCUUCUUCUACCUGCCCACCAAGAACCUCUGGCUGUUGCUCUGCCCAGAUACCCUCAGCUUUGAUUGGUCUAUGGAUGCUGUGCCUCUGCUCAAAACAGUUUGUGACUGGAGAAACCUACACACCGUGGCCUUCUAUAUCGGACUCCUCCUCCUCGCCUACUAUGGUUUGAAGAGCCCAGGCGUGGAAAGGGAAAGCAGUGAGAAAUUUGUAACUAAUGGCAAGCAGAAUGCAAACGGACAUAGCUGCCAUUCCGAUGUGGAGUACCGGAACUCAGAGACGAAGCCCAGCUUCACCUCCAAAGUGGAGAAUGGCAUUAAAAAUACUGUAUCCCAGAGAACACAACUUCCUUCUACCGAGAACAUUGUUGUCCUGUCUUUAUCUUUGUUAAUAAUACCCUUUGUUCCUGCCACGAACCUGUUUUUCUAUGUUGGCUUUGUAAUUGCAGAGCGAGUAUUAUAUAUUCCUAGUAUGGGCUUCUGCCUCCUCAUUACAGUGGGUGCCAGAGCCCUUUAUGUCAAAGUCCAAAAGCGGUUUCUCAAGAGCUUGAUUUUUUAUGCUACAGCUACGUUAAUUGUUUUCUAUGGACUCAAGACUGCAAUCAGGAAUGGAGACUGGCAGAAUGAGGAAAUGCUGUAUAGGUCAGGGAUAAAAGUAAACCCAGCUAAAGCAUGGGGUAACCUUGGAAAUGUUCUGAAGAGUCAGAGCAAAAUUUCUGAAGCUGAAAGCGCCUACAGAAAUGCUUUGUACUACCGUAGCAACAUGGCUGACAUGCUUUAUAAUUUAGGGCUACUUCUCCAGGAGAACAGUAGGUUUGCAGAAGCACUACAUUAUUAUAAACUUGCGAUCGGGAGCAGGCCUACGCUGGCUUCUGCAUAUUUAAACACCGGUAUUAUUCUGAUGAACCAAGGAAAGACAGAAGAAGCGCGACGCACUUUUCUGAAGUGUUCUGAGAUCCCUGAUGAAAACCUAAAGGACCCUCAUGCGCACAAGAGCUCGGUGACCAGCUGUCUGUACAACCUGGGCAAACUGUACCACGAGCAGGGCCACUAUGAGGAUGCCCUCAGUGUAUAUAAGGAAGCAAUUCAGAAAAUGCCAAGGCAGUUUGCUCCACAGAGCUUGUACAACAUGAUGGGUGAAGCGUACAUGCGAUUAAGCAAACUCCCUGAAGCAGAGCACUGGUACAUGGAAUCAUUGAGAUCCAAGACUGACCAUAUCCCUGCACAUCUCACCUACGGGAAACUGCUAGCUCUGACAGGUCGUAAGAGUGAGGCUGAAAAGUUCUUCUUGAAGGCUAUUGAGUUGGAUCCCACCAAAGGAAACUGUUACAUGCAUUAUGGUCAGUUUCUUUUGGAAGAAGCUCGCCUCAUAGAAGCAGCAGAGAUGGCAAAAAAAGCAGCUGAACUGGACAGCACGGAGUUUGAUGUGGUCUUCAAUGCUGCCCACAUGCUCAGACAGGCUAGCCUCAAUGAAGCAGCCGAGAAGUAUUAUGAUCUGGCGGCCAAGCUGAGGCCUAAUUAUCCAGCUGCUCUAAUGAACCUGGGAGCCAUUCUGCACCUCAAUGGCCGACUCCAGAAGGCAGAGACCAAUUACCUGCGGGCGCUGCAGCUCAAGCCAGAUGAUAUCAUCACGCAGUCCAAUCUCCGCAAGCUCUGGAACAUCAUGGAAAAGCAAGGCUUAAAGACUUCCAACACCUGACACAGAAGGGCAAUACCUUGUCCUCCUCCAUCUUUUAAAGCUGGCUUCAUUAAUGAACAGAACUUCCCAACAGUUCUAUGACAAGAACUAGUUUGGACUUCAAGACCAAGGCAGAAGUCACUGAGGUCAUCGUCACUUCUGGGAGUAUCCGCUUUGCUGUUGCCACAGCCAUUAACACCAAAAAAAAGUGUGUGCGUGUGUGUGUGUGUGUCGGGGGGUGGGGGGGGGACAUUAGAAACCUCCUGAAGGAUGUAAUUGUCACCCACAGAACUAAACCAGAGCACUUAAAACAGGAUCUUUCGGCAUUCUUAAAGAGGAGAUGGAGUAUACCUUUUCAAUUUUGUUCCUUUUUGAAAGCUAGUUUAGAAAUUAUAUUGUUCCUUAAACACUGUGAGAGGAAGUCAGAGUCUCUAUCCAUUCAGCCGCCGUAAACUAUUAAGGUCAAGUGUUCCUAGGGAGUGAUUCAAGUGUAGUGUGAGUUCUAGUGAGCUAGCUGGUUGUCCCAACGCUGCUGUCUUUUCUCUUUGGGACAGCCUGCUUACAAUUUCUGAAACUUAGACAACGUUUUUUUUUUUUUAAUACUGUGUCAGGAUCUGUCAUAAUCUACAGUUGUUCCCUGACUAUGCACAUAACAUUUUAUGCUUUGGAGGUCCGUCUUCACCCUUUUCGGCAUCAUUUGCUUUUCAGAUUCUGGAAAGGGUAUGCAGAGUAGAGCAAACCACAUUUCACACUCUUGUUGUAGGAGAGGCUGAGGGGGCCUCAUAUGUGUCAGGCAGGCAGUUUUUUUUUACUUCAGUGUCACCAACAUUUUCCCCAAAAACUGUCUAGGAGAAGUCACUGUAUUAGCUCUUAGGCCUUUGAAAUUCCCUUUCAAAAUGGCUGUUUUUGGCUAAUGCACAUGCUUACAGAAGGAUUAUAUCAAAAGGAAGCUUAAACGUGUUCUAGUUCCAGUAACUAACCAUCAGCUAUUACACAAAGGGGACGGUGUUUUGUGCUUUCCAGAUGUUACUGGUUAACAAAAUCAAGUCCUCUCAAAGGAAUGUACAAUGAUGGUUGCCAAUUAGUUAAUGUUUUGGAAAAAGUUGGUAUGAAAUGCUAAUUGCUUUCUAAUAAUUACCUAAACAGCAGUGCUGAUAAGUUUUUAAGGAAUUGUUUUUAUCGUAUUUUUCAUAUUGCUUUUCCCACAAGACAUAAAAAAAAAAAGGACUUCUUAUUUUAAAUUGCAGUAGAGUGUAGCAUUAGCCUGCCUGUUUCUAGGUCUUCUGCCAAGUGCUUUUCACAGUUGAAAACCAUUUUUCACUAACAAAUUUGGUAUUUUAUUUCAUUACCUAUUAGUAACCACUUCAACAAUCAUUUCACAAGUAAAAGACUGUAAAUGAAGUAGAGAGGAACAUUUAUUGAACCUUUUCUUGACUGGCAGUCAAACUUUGCUACUAAAAAUUAACUUUGUAAAAACAACAGUCCAUUAUUGGCGUCUUCAUAGAGAAAGUAGCUAUACAAUACCCUACAUAUUUAUUUAUUUAUUAUUCUACCAUAGCAAAAUAACAAAACAAAACCUGAUUCAAUAAGCCAGUUCUUUGCAGCUGAAAAUUAGCUUUUUCUCCUUUACACUCAUACUCCAUGUAUAUAUGAUCAGCAUUCCCAUUAAAGGAAAGCUGGACAUGCAAAUACAUCAUACUAUGUUUUCUUCAUAUUUUAUGUUUUCCUGCAUAUCUGAAUACAGUGGGAUAAAGAAUUUAAAGUAGUGUACCUAUGACAUUUAGUGUUAUUUUAAGAAGGUCAAAUGUAGUGAGUGAGAUUUGUUGAUGGCAUUAAUAAAAAGGCCCUCCUUAUAUGUAUAUUAUUUUGUAAACAUUUCACUUAAGGGCCAAAAGUUAAAUUAUAACUAAAUCACUGUGUUCUCAGAAUAUUUAACAUUUAACAACAACAAACCCGUGGUCAAACCAAAAGUGUGGGUUGAAGUGUAUUUUUCAUCUUCUACUGCAUUGGCAAUUGCAAAAAAAUAAAAAUAAAUAAGGAAUUUAAUAUAAGGAUAUAGAGAUGAAUUCAAUGUCUAACAUUUUUAUUUAUUUAAAUAGUUAUUGACCUAUGAUGACUUCCUAGUCUUAACACUUUAUCUCUUUUUAUUGUUAUUGUUCUUCCUUUUGAAACACUUGGUUCUUAAUAGGUUUGUUGAUUGCACAGUAGAGGCACUUCAUGUUGACCCAGUUCCCAAGUAGCAUUAGUAAUUGGGCCUGUGUCUUAAAAUGCAUGGAUCUUUAAUAACAAAAUGUCCCUGACACCUUUCACUACAGGGCUGGGCUUAGACCAACCUNGGGGGGGGGGGGGGGGCUGGGAGGGGGUGCGGCUAAAGAACAUGGUCAAAAAAUGUCUCCGCUCAGGGAUUUAUGGUGGAUUAUUGCAGACAGUGCUAAAAAUAUAGAGCACAAGACAAGUUUACUAAAUUAAAAUUUUAUUUUUUGAAAAACUGUUAUUUGUAUAAAUUAUCAAGAUUUGUAGGCUUUCCUUUUGUAGAAAUAAUUAAUUGUUUUAUGUGCCAGAGAAUUUCAAUUUUGUUUUCAACAAUAAAGCAUUGAUAACAAAUA